AUGGCGCCGCCGCGGGCGUCACUGUUCCAGCCGCCGUCGGCUAGCUCGGCGCCCAGAUCAAACCACCACCGUCGGAUCGCGAUCCAGCGCAGCGAGGAGGAGCAGAACCGUCCCGCCCCAACCACCGAGGAUAGGGUAGCGGGGAAAAGGCCACUAGCAGUGGAUCCGCCCCCUGCAGAGGCGCUGCCGGCAGAGAGCAGCCAAGCGCCGAAACGUCGUCGGCUCGUCAGGAUCACCGGCGACGACGAGGAGGAGGAGGCGGCACCAUCUUUGGUUCGAAGGCCGCGUAGUCAUCCGGACCUUGCGCCGGCCACUGCUGGUCGAAUGACUAGCGACCCACCUGCCCCACACACCAAGCCGACGCGUGUUGGAGAGACAGGAGCAGCGGCGGCGGCUGGUAGGACCAGGAGAAGGUUCUUCACCGCAACGCACAGGCGCUCCGAUCUCGCGGCAUCGGACGUUGACCCUGACCACAUCGCUGGCCAGAGGACGGCCGAGCCCAUAGCUGUCGUUGGAGACGCCGUGCCACAGACCACCCAGGAGCAUGCCGAGGAGCAGCCCGCGACGACGACCGCGGCUGAGAGUGCCGAGGAGCAUCCGGCGCUGGCAAGGGCCAGAGCGGGCACCCCUACAAGGGAUGGAGAGGCUGCGAGGACGCCUCCCCCAAGCAACGUUGCAGAGGAAAAUGGCAGAGCUGGCGGAAGAAGGGAGAGUCCCAACCCCGCCUCGAGCAGGGGCCUCUUCACCAGUAGGCUCCCCUGGCCUGGAUCAGGGUCCAGUGAUACCUGCGACCAUGGCCGGGGGUAG